ACUAUUCCCUCCAAAGAUUCUUUCGGAUCAAGUCCACUCGACGUUUGCAGCUCUCCGACAAUGCCGACUAACCGCACCAACGUAUUCGACCUUCUGCCCCUAGAAAUGAUCCACGAGGUCGCGAGCCAUUUGGAGAGCGACACGGAGCUCGUCCGCUUUCGGCAGGUGAACUCGGCGAUCCGGGAUGCCAUCGACUGUGAUGGCUGCUCUUUCUGGCGCCGUCUCUUCAGUACCAAGUUCGAACCCUCCCGCUACGCAGGUGCACCGGAGCACAACGGUGCCUCGUACAUGGGAGAUUAUCAGGCUCGGCGCACCUGGCUCAAGAACGGUGCCAAGUUCCAGGAUGGCCGUAGUAUGGAGGAGCGUCGAUGUCUUGAGAUCUUGCUGGACCUAAUUCUCGACGCCAACAGUGGACGCAGAUCGUUCAUCAAGAAGGCCAAAGGAGGAGAGUAUACCUCACGUAACCUUCCCGCUCUCGUGGAGUUCGCGAAGAAAGAGAACAUCACUUUCAAUCCGAACCUCGGAACGCGGUCUGCUCGACCGAACCCGUUGUUGGAGAUUGUGCAGGUCAUGCUGGCGCCCUUCAUGCUCGAUCUCAGCUCAACCUCCAUCGUCCCAGUCACUGGAUACCUCGCCAGCCAGAACAUCGUGUAUUCCAUCCCGGAGAGUCGACCGAUCGUUCUUGGUGGCAUUGACGUCGACCUGGAAUGGGUGCUUCACCAGAUCAACUUCUGGAGACAUCACUUGACCAGUGAGGCAGAGAGCAGCCUCUUCUACGAGUACGACGAGCUCGAACCGCAUAAGAAGCCGCGGUUCUGGACCGAGCAGUUGCAUGCCAAACACAAGCCAGAUAUUGGGAGACUCUGGAAAGGCAGCUUUGCGAACGUCGACUGUGCCGACCUCCCUUUCGUCCGCGCGGGCAGGAACGACGGCAACGGCAGCAUCCUCGACGGCUUCUGCAACUCUGCCGACGAUCGUAUGAUUUUCGAUCUGGAAGUAAAGCUUGACACACACAAAGAGGCAGACUGGGACGGUAUCCACGAAGAUCAUCUCCAUUCUUUCGACUUCCCCGAGUCACAAAACGACACAUCCUCUGGAUCACGCAGCGUUGAAGUCGUGGAUCGAGCCAGGGGUAGUGCUGCUGGCGAGCUGGUCGGUAAAGGCUGGCUGCACACGCUUCCAUCCCAGGAAGGAGUGCCUGGCUGGCAGCGCGUUACUUUGGUUCAGCACAUCAAAGAUGAAUUCGGCAAUAUCGACCACGGCUGGAUAUGUGUAUACGAAGGACUUGUGCUGCCCGGUGGCCAGAUCAUCCUCGGACGAUGGUCUGUGCCCGACGAUAUCGACAAGGAGUCAGGUCCAUUCAUCAUGUGGAAUCAAGAUGCCGCGUGGGAGAAUACCCUGCCAGAAGACGUGCAGGAGUCUGCCUGCUGA